AUGGGAUUCCGCAUCACCACAUGGAAUGGAUACUCGGGCGUUGUGAUUUACACGCGCAAUGCCACAUGUUCUCCAAUAAGGGCAGAAGAGGGCAUUACUGGAGUUCUCUGCCCUCCGAAAUCCUCAACAUCUUUCCGCAGUCUUCCAGAAGAGCAGCAGAUUGGUGGGUAUCCAACAUCCGAUCAGCUUUCUAGGCCCGCUAUGAAUCCCGAUGGGCACAAAUCGGAAGAAGAGCAAGAGGAUGUGAGCUCGGUGCCCGAUGGCACAAUAGACGCGCCAACCCUCGACUCCGAAGGGCGCUGCGUCAUUCUGGAAUUUCCUGCGUUUGUCCUCAUUGGUGUCUAUUGCCCUGCCUAUCGCGAUGAGAGUCGAGAUACCUUUCGCAUGGACUUUCUCAAUGCCUUGGAUUCUCGAAUUCGCAACCUGACUGCGAUGGGGAAGAAUGUGAUCGUGGCUGGUGAUAUCAAUAUUUCAAAGCAGAGCAUUGAUGCUGCUCAUGGGAUUGAGGCCAUACGAAAAGGUACGAUGACAGAGGAGGAAUUUGUAUCUGCCCCUUCUCGGCGUCUAUUCAACCACUUGAUGUCAGAUGGCGUGGUUAUUGGCGAACGUGAUAAAGGCAGGGAAAAUCCCGUCCUCUUUGAUGUUUGCAGGUCAUUUCACCUAGAUCGAACAGGCAUGUAUACAUGCUGGGAUCAGAAGCUCAAUACUCGACCAGGGAAUUACGGCUCAAGGAUUGACUAUGUGUUGUGCAGCUUGGAUCUGCGGAACUGGUUCUCCGACUCGAAUAUUCAAGAGGGAUUGAUGGGAUCAGAUCACUGUCCUGUAUAUGUAGUCAUCAAAGAUUCUGUGAAUCAACCCGAAGGCGAAGUAAACAUUCGGGAUAUUCUCAACCCAACGGGAAUGUUUAACUGUGGCAAGCGACAACAGGAAUACUCAAACGAGUGCACAUUGCCUGCUUCGGGGCGUUUGCUCCCUGAAUUUGACAUUGAUAAGCGAAGAAGUAUCAAGGACAUGUUCGCUCGCAAACCAGCCAGCAUCCCGUCAGGGCCGGUAAAGCUAGCUGCUACGCCGGCUAACAUGCCAACAACUGAAGUCACGGAAUCUACAGCCAUGCACACAGCGUUCGGAUCCACUGACUCGACCAAAACGGGCUCUGCGCUUAUUACUGAACAAAAUCAAACCCCUCAGACUGUUUCUCGCAAACGCUCCCAGCCUCUACCUAUCAAAUUCCCUAAACGCUCCAAGUCCGCCGUUUCAACAUCUUCCGGGAGCUCUACGGCAGGACAAAAGACACUUACGGGCUUCUUCAAGCCAAAAGCUGUCGAUGUACACGAAGCUACCCGGUCACCUAUGGCUUCACCGGGACUCUCGACACCAUCACUUCACUCCAAACCAUCAGAACUCCCACGAGAGAAAGGGAAAGCCCCAAGGAUCAAUCUGCAACCUCCGGGGUCCCAAGAAGACAUCAUAAAGAAGGAAAAUGGCAUUUCUAUCGAAUGGCCGACAGCCAGCAAAUUUGUUGACGACACAAUAAUUGACCCAAUUGUCAGCAAGGAGGAUUGGUCAAAACUUUUCGCCAAGAAGCCCGUUCCACCAUGCGAUGGACACCAAGAGCCGUGUAUUAGCUUGACCACGAAAAAGCCCGGAAUGAAUCGCGGCCGCUCAUUUUGGAUUUGUCCCCGGCCUUUAGGGCCCAGCGGAGAAAAGGAAAAGGGUACUCAAUGGCGGUGUUCCACUUUCAUCUGGGCAAGUGAUUGGAACUCACCGGUUGCGACGCAAGAGCAAUAA